GGGGGAGGAUGAGCCGGGUGAAGGCGUGCGGAAGUGAACAGGAAUCAACCAUGGAGCGUUCAUUGAAAAUUCCAGAACAUUGUGUGAAACAGUGGCUUAAGUUUAUAGAAGAAAGUUCAAACCUUUUUUUUGUUUUGAUAACUUUUGUUUUUGUGAAUUUACCAAGCAAAGUGAUUAAAUUCAGCAUGUGGCAAAGAAAAAAAAGAUGACAGGUCUUCUUUGUACAUAUUUAUUUUAUUAAAAAUGUGUAUCAUUUCAUAAAAAAUGUUACAGUUACAAAAAGAGCCGUAAGCCAAACCCAAAGUGACUUUAUAUUACUCUUAAUGGUUGUCAGUAGCUUUAUAUAAACAGCUAAUGCAAUGUACUAAGCCACACUGUGGCUUACUGUAUAUAGGUUUCAUUGCGUAACUAUUCAUUAGUUAAUUCUGUUAAAAGUGUUUUGUUAGCAUGAAAUGUCUUUUUGAAGAAGCUAGAUAAUUUAUAAAAAUAUAACUUAUUAAUGUUGCAUCUAAGAGUAGUUUAGUCAACUUCCUCCAUCCUUGAUGUGUCAUCGUCUCCUUCCAAGACUGGCAUGUCUUCUUCAGUGGGCUGGAUGAGGUCUUCAGCUGCAGAGUCAUCAUCAUCGAUGCCUGUGAAUCAGAAAGCCAUGAGUAACGAUAGCCUGGUAUGGAUAUUUUAUAACCUGGUUUAUUCAGAGUCAGAGGGAAAAUAACCAGCAGCUUACCAAGACCGAGCUUGAUCAUUCUGUAGAUGCGGUUGGCGUGUGUCUGUGGGUCCUCCAAUGUGAAUCCUGAAGACAGAAGGGCAGUCUCAAACAAAAGGAUGACCAAGUCCUUAACAGCCUUGUCAUUCUUGUCAGCCUCUGCCUUCUCCCUCAGGGUCUCAACGAUGGGAUGCAGAGGGUUGAUCUCGAGGUGCUUCUUGGCUGUCAUGUAGCCCAUGGUGGAGUUAUCUCUGAGUGCCUGAGACUUCAUAAUCCUCUCCAUGUUUGCCGUCCAUCCAUAGGUGCUGGUGACAAUGCAGCAGGGGGAAGCCACCAAGCGGUUUGAGACCACAACCUGUCAAUGAGAUGUUGUGUUAUUGUCAUGGUCAAAGAGAUGUGGCAGCUAUGUAAGCAUAAUAGUGAGUGGACAUCAAAAUCAAUUUCUCUGUCAUUACCUUUUCAAUCUUCUUGUCAAGGAUGUCCUUCAUGAUCUUGCACAGGUUUUCAAAUUUAGUUUUGAGCUCUUCCUGCUUCUUCUUCUCAUCGUCAUCCUCAGGAAGCUCCAGGCCUUCCUUGGUGACUGAAACGAGGUUCUUGCCAUCGUACUCCUUCAGCUGCUGGACGCAGUACUCAUCAAUGGGCUCAAUCAUGUAGAUGACCUCAAGGCCGGCUUUGCGAAGGCGCUCCACAAAGGCAGAGUUGGCCACCUGAUCUUUGGUCUCACCUGAAAAGGUAAUGUAGAUGAAAUCAGUGCACUGAAGUGAUAACUAAAUCCCUUUACAAAAGAAAGAAAAACAAAUAGAAAUUGAGUUUAAUGGCUCACCUGUAAUGUAGUAAAUGUGUUUCUGGUUGUCCUUCAUGCGUGAGACAUAGUCUUUCAGGGACACAACCUCAUCCCCGGAAGCUGAAGUGUAGUAGCGCAGCAGCUCUGACAGCUUCUUCCUGUUCUGAGAGUCUUCAUGGAUACCAAGCUAAAAAUUGAAAGGAGGUUUUAAUGAAUUUCAGCUUUACACAGAUGAAAAACACAUAGACCUGAACUCUUGUGGUUAAGGAUUGACAAUGACUGAUUGCUUAAGUUACCUUGAUGUUCUUGGAGAACUGCUCGUAGUACUUCUUGUAGUUGUCCUUAUCCUCUGCAAGCUCAGUGAAGAGUUCCAGGCACUUCUUGACCAGGUUCUUGCGGAUGACUUUCAAGAUCUUGCUCUGCUGCAGCAUCUCUCUGGAGAUGUUAAGGGGCAGAUCCUCAGAGUCCACCACACCCUUGAUGAAAUCUGAAUGAAUAGAUGAUAAAGUUUAAAUCAAAAUAAUCCUACAAAUGAGUAUAACUUUUAAGAGAUUAUCUUGGUAUAAAAGAAUAAUAAUGUUGUGUUACUUACUGAGGUACUCUGGAAUCAGCUCCUCACAGUUGUCCAUGAUGAAGACUCUGCGCACGUACAGUUUGAUGUUGUUUCUCUUUUUCUUGUUUUCAAAGAGGUCAAAAGCGGCUCUUCUAGGUACAAAGAGCAAGGCACGGAACUCCAGCUGACCCUCCACUGAGAAAUGCUGCAUAGAUGAAAAUUAGUAAGAAAUUAAAACCUUAAAAAUCUUCACAAAAGGAUCAAGAAAUUAUCAAGAGAUAUUUGUAUAGAAGUUACCUUCACAGCCAGGUGGUCCUCCCAGUCGUUGGUCAGACUCUUGUAGAACUCUCCAUACUCCUCGUUGGUGAUAUCAUCAGGGUUACGGGUCCAGAUUGGCUUGGUCUUGUUCAGCUCCUGGGCGUCAAUGUACUUCUCCUUCACCUUCUUCUUCCUCUUGUUCUUGCCGUCCUUUGAGUCUUCAUCCUCAUCAGAGCCAACAUCCUCGAUCUUGGGUUUGUCUUUGUUCUCGGCAGCUUCUUUCUCAACCUCUUCCACCUUCUCGCCUUCAUCCAGGUCCACUUCUUUCUCUCUUGUCUUCUCCACCUUGGAUUUAAAAAAAGGUGGGGAUUUUUUAAGCUUUUCUUCAAAUAAUAUAAUAUUAUCGCAAAUUUUCAUCACUAAUGUAACUUACGUAAAGGGUAAUGGGGUAGCCGAUGAACUGUGAGUGCUUCUUUACAACUUCCUUGAUGCGCUUCUCCUCACAGUAUUCUGUCUGAUCUUCUUUAAGGUGAAGGAUCACUUUGGUGCCUCUGCCAAUAGGCUCUCCUAAAAAAGUAAUUUAGAUAUAUACAUUAAAUCUCACUUAUUUACUCAAAUGACUCAUCAGCAGAUUAUGUUGUUGUUGAAACUUACCAGUAUCUGGCUUGACGGUGAAGGAGCCUCCAGCUGCAGAUUCCCAUAUGUACUGCUCGUCAUCAUUGUGCUUGGUAAUGACUGUCACUUUCUCAGCCACCAGGUAGGCGGAGUAGAAACCAACACCAAACUGACCAAUCAUGGAGAUGUCAGCUCCAGCCUGCAGAGCCUCCAUGAAAGCCUUGGUGCCAGACUUGGCGAUUGUGCCCAGGUUGUUGAUCAGGUCGGCCUUGGUCAUGCCAAUACCUGUGUCGAUCAGGGUGAGUGUGCGGGUGAGCAGGUCGGGCCUGACUUCAAUCUUCAGGUCUCUGCAUGAGUCGAGUCUGCUGGGGUCUGUCAGGCUUUCAUAUCUGAUUUUGUCCAAGGCCUGUUUAGAUAUGUAAUGUUGUUUUAGUAUUGAACAUAUAUAAAGAACUGCCAAUUUUUAAAAAACAAAGGCAUAUAUAUUGAUGAGAAGCUUUUUUUCACUUACAUCUGAGGAGUUGGAGAUAAGCUCCCUAAGGAAGAUCUCUUUAUUUGAGUAGAAAGUGUUGAUGAUAAGGGACAUCAGCUGAGCAAUCUCAGCCUGGAAGGCAAAGGUCUCCACUUCCUCCUCCAUAGCGUGUCCAGCGUUCUCAGGCAUCUAAAGGAUAGCACAUGUUCUGUUUAAAAACAUAUUCUGCACAAACAUCUAAACAUCCUCUUUAGAGUCUUUUUUCUCGUAUUUAAUUAAUAUUUUCUGCUGUUAUCUUAUGAUUCUUUCCCCUCCCUCUUGGUAAAGCCGGCCUCAUGGCUUAGGAAGGGCUCUUCUCACUGAUAGUGGGGGAACACAUGUUCCUUCUGUCAAUCAAACCCUCGCCAUUUGGUGACUGGGUGGAGCCCUGAUGCUCCCCCAACCCCCAAAAGCUUCAGCAUGUGUCAUUCAACACCUUUAUGUUGUAAGAAGAAAUAGCAGCUUAAAUAUCAGAUGCAAGACGAGCUAAAUCUGGGUUUUAACCGCAAGGCAUGAAUCCUUUUUUUAAUCUCUGUGACAUCUGUAUUUGGAACAAAGAUUUUUUCCCUUUAAACAACUUGUUUUACGUCUUCAUACAUUAGUGAUUAAAACUUCACCAAAGUAAUUAAAUGAGUGACUGAUUUCUUUUAAAAACAGUCCAUACUUCUGUUAUAUAUUUGGUACUUUUCUGCAUCAAUAUGUGAAACUGGUGCAUCUGUUCUUUCUGCCAACCUCUUAUCCUGCCCACCCGCCAUUGCUGUAGCAGGGUCACCCUGCUUGCCAUGUGCUCCUUCCGAACAAUUGUGGUAGCUUAAAAGGCGUACUUUUUUUAUUUGUGCAACUUUUAUUUGAAUUUAUGUUCUUUUUUGGUAACCAUGCCUGUCUUUGUACCAGUUCUUGUUUCAUUCAAAACAUUUUUUUGUUGUCAUUUUUGUCUUUUCUGUUUUUAAAAUCCAAGUUGAAAAGCAUGAAAUAAGUGUAUUCAGUUUUGGGUGUCUUACCUAGAAGAUGAUCUUUUCUUGUUGCUGCUUGAGGAUAGUCGUCAAAUCACUGAGCUUGUCUCCUCUUCCUGGUAAGAGCCCCAAAUGAAUGCUUCACUGCUGUUCUGGGAGCAGUUAGUCACUCUUGGUGAGUUCAAGAAAGUGUCUUUGACUCUAUGCAGACCCCACGACAAGCCGGUGUCUUUUUAUACUUCAGGGGGUGGUUUCUAGAAGCUCCCAUUCAGAACCUUCCAGAAGAUACGCUCACUACAGUAAGGGGGGUUGCGAGACCAGAGCCCUAAAGUUGAUGUGCCCUUGUAGGGCUGCAGAGUCACAAGGAGUGCCUGUCAAUCAGAGUGAGUGCUUCCCUGAUUGCUUGUCUAGCUGUUAGGCCCCAUACCCCCCUAAAGCGUCACAGCUGUGCAGAGCCUGCUAUCAGCUGCUGUCGAGGAGCCGCAUGGACACACAUGCUUCCCAUGGGGUUUAUGGGCAGCAGGCCUGCUUCUUUUUUCAGCUUAAAAGGGAGAAUGUGGGAAGUUUCAUAUGUUUGGAGCAUUUGUGAAGCUUUCCUCAAAGUGUCUCAAAAACAUGUCAAAAGAUUGAUACUGCUUGUGAGUUCACAUGAUGUUAUCUUGUAUAUCAGACUUAGUUUUUAUUAAUAUAGUCCCAAUAAAACAUUAUAAACUCCUACACUUUUGAUAUAGCCUGUUAGUUUAACGAAAUACUGAGAACUCAGCCCCUAGACUGGAAAUUUCCAUAGUUUUUGAGCUGCAUCUUGUGGCCGUAAUUACAAGAUGGAUGUGCAAAGAGAAUCAGUGUCCUAUAAGUAAAGGUUUUGGCAGAGUUUAAUUGUAAGACUUGUAAGAGUUAACUUUUUUGGGAUAAAUAGAAGGCCCCAAUAUGAUGGGCAAUUGAAGGCCCUUUUCAUGUGCUUUCUUUGACAUGUUUCCACUGUGGACAAGCAUUGAAACUGAAUUAGAGUUCAAACAACAGAACUAUAAGCCACAAUACUAUUACAAUUGCAAUAUUUCAUUAAAAAAAUUACUUUAGUUUUUUUUAAAUUAAAGUUAUACAAAAAUCCACAGCUUUGUGAGAUAGAAGUCUAGAUUCCUCUGGUACAGUGUGGACUCGAGGUAACACAGCUGGCCAGAGGAUGGCAGUAUGGUACACUGACUGCAGCUCUGUUAUGUAAUUGAGAUGUUUCGAGGUAGUAGCAGACAGUACUAGAAACUGAACGCCAUGCAACGUGGAGAACUGUUGCAAUCACUGUAAGAUGAUAUUUUCUUGAGCUCAGUGCCAUACAGUUUAAAUUGUUUACUAGAAUAAGAUGGCAGCUUAAACUGAUGCUUGUAUGAACGUGGCAGAGAUAAAUUGUAUCUGGGUGGCACUGGAAUGAAGAGCUGGAUGAUGGAGGUCAAUCAUCAGCUACCUUUGUUUCAAUAAUUGCAUCAUAGAAAUUAUCAUGAGCUUAAAUCUCAGGCUGCUUUUGUUUGCUUUAAGAAGGCAUUUAGCAAGUACCAGAGAAUUUUUUUUAUUUUUACAGUCUAAUUUCAAGAUGUCUAUGGGCAUAAUAUUCAAAAACAGUAUAUGAGGAACAACAAUGUAAUGUAAAAUUGUCAGGGUUCUGUUACAUUAGACAAAAAAAAUUAGAUUGGUACAUUACAGCUUUCUUGUUAUCAGAUUAAAGUAAUAGUUUAUAUAUUGCUUUACAUUUUGGAGAAAAAAAAUCAUUACUUCACUUGCACUUGUGAAUAAAAACAUUGGUGUUAGACUAAUUUGCCUCAUAAAAUAAGAUAUUCCUUUAUUAGUCCCACAUGAGGAAAUUGUUUAAUCUGCUGCUCUGGGCUACACCAACUCCCAGCUCUUCAACAGGUGACCUAAGGUAAAUUAUGAAAGUCAUGGUGUUCUGGGGUGUGGUAUCGAAAGGUAUCGUUCGUAUUUUGUCCACUUCAUUAAAAUACCAAUGUGUUCAUAAUGUUAAAGCUGCUUCGUCUAAUUUUGUUGUGUCUAUUUUCAUUUUUUUCCACUCACAUGAUUUUAUUAAUUCGUACGCAUGGCCGCCGGACUUCAACGGCCCAACGCAUGCGCUGUCGUCAACAUCCGGGGCUCAGACAAGGAUGAACGCCAAUUUCCAAGAUGGCGGCGGAGGGAGGAGGGAAGGAGAUGAACGAAAUUAAAACUCAAUUCACCACACGAGAAGGCGUCUACAAACUCCUCACUCACUCCGAAUACAGCCGCCCCAACAGGGUGCCUUUCAACUCGCAGGGCUCGAAUCCCGUCAAGGUCUCCUUCGUGAACGUGAACGACCAGUCCGGCAACGGCGACAGGAUCUGUUUCAAUGUGGGCCGGGAGCUCUACUUUUAUAUCUACAAAGGCGUGAGAAAGGUAAACAAUGCCGAGAGCGGCGGUCCAGGAGCGGCCUCAAACAUGCGGCACCGUGGCUGUCAGCUGUCUGAGCUUCUGUCAUUGAGGUGCGCAGAUUGUGAGGACCAGGCCAGGUAGCGGACCAGCCUCAGUCUGGAGCUAGUUAGCUUUUCUGUGCUAAGACCGCCUCAGUUUGUUGUUAUUGCACUAAGAGUGUGCACUCCACAGUUUGAGCCCUCAAGCCGUGACACAAGGCUUUCGUGUUAAUAGGAUAACGCAUACAAGGGUUUGAUAAGCCAUGUCCGAUAUCUGGUCUCAGUUUUUUAGCCAAAAGGUUCCUAUAUGAGUAGGAAGUUGUCAACAGAGCUGCGCAGCUUAGUUUUUUGUCUCUGUUACAGUACCCAGAAUCCAAAGCCACAGGAGUGCCAGAGGAAAAUGUGCAUUAUCUGUGAUGUAAUGAUGUGUGUGCACUCCUUUGUUGGGGUCUGGAUGUGAUGCAAUGUGAUCCACUGUUUGGUUGUACACAGUGGUGAUGUCACUGCAGCAAGCCCGUGUUUGGUCUUGUUUAUAGCGGGGAUGGUGAGUGUGACACUGGUGAUCAUGCUGGUGGUGAUGUGGUCGUCCCUGAAAAGCAGCUACAGUACACUCAAUUCAACAAUAGAGGCCAAACCGGUGAAUCAGAGCUGUGCGGAGAUGUCUCCAGCUCAGAGCGUCUCAGGUGUCAGUAUUUAACCACACAAAAGGGAGGAAAGAAUGACUGUAAAUACUUACUUUCCUGAUUACUCAUCACUUCCAAAGACUGUCUAAAUAUUGUUUUGUCUUGUUUUCAUUAUCCCUGUGGUGUUGUGGCUUUUCAAAAGAAACAACAGUGUCAAUCUAGUAUUACUUAUAGCUUAAUGCAGAUACAGCGUCUUUAACAUCUAGGGCUGGGCGAUAUGGGAAAAAGUAUAAAAGAAUAUGUAUCACCAUGUGAAAAAAUCACUUGUCAAUCUUAAAUGUUCCCUGUAAAGGUCCUUACCAUAGACUGUAUAUACUAUGGAAAGCUUGGUCCCGCCUCCCGCCUGUAUAUGGAUUCGAAGCCGAAAAGCUCUCGAUAUUUCCAGGAUUUUUCUUCAUUUCCUGAAACCAGCAUUGCGCAGUAGUGUUGUGCGCAUUCGGCAGGAGAGUUGCUGUGAUGACACUCGGCUCAAACAGCGCAUCCCCCGGGUGAACUACGCAAUCCCUGAACGCCAAUAGUCUGUGUCAGGUGUCGAUCAAGAAAACAUGAACCCCCUAUUAACUUUUAAAAACAGAGCUUCACACGAUUUUGCAGGGUCAGAAUUGGACACACAGUAUGUGAAACUUUAGAAAAAUUGACUGUGAAACGAAAAAUAAAUGCCGCAAUAUCGCAGGACGGGAAAACGUCACUGAUGUGAACGCUUGUAUUGACAGGAUACGAAUUCGAAAAAAAAUACUGACGUCUGAAAUAAUCGCAUGUAAAAAAAACGCUCCUGGUGUGAAAGGACCUUUACUCUUAAAUGAUAUUUAACAUGUACGCAACAUAAUUUGCAGUGCACAUGAAGCUGAAAAUAUACAGGAUCUAUAUUUAGCGCGUUCUGUAUUUGCUCUGUAGAUCAGCUCUGGGUAUCGCAUACAGGAUGUGUAUUUGGAGCGUAGCAGCAGCGUAGUGCAGCUCCGGUCAGCUGGGCUCAGUUUACAGGAGACAACAUGCUCACAUCAGGUUGUUUUUCCUUUCUGUGGUCUAUUUCCUGCUAAUUUGGAUAUAAUUCAGUGACCGUUGAGCCUCUACUGCAUGCGAAAAAGCAACGUGAUUUUACAGUUUCAGUUUUUGGAGGUUUACUCGUGUUUAAUAGAGUAAACUAUGUUCCUUUAAGCUGUGCUGUUACCUUCAGACAGAGUUAGCAGGUAAAAGUUCUGUUGGGGUCCACAUGGAUCAGGGAUUGACCAUCAGAUUGUUCUGUGUUACUGAUACAUACAUGACCAGGAAGUAUUUCUCAUCUACACAAACUGAUACACAGUCGGGAGUUCGCAUAUGGUGUUUUAUUUUGAAAUACCGGAUGACACGCACGGUUUUCGUGCUUUAUCUUUUCUGUGUGGAUUGACACACAUUGGAAGCAUAGAGCAGCAAAAAUAGACUCUGCUGCGUAUCUUUAUCAGUGCUGCGAUGGGGCUGAUACGCGUCCUGUAUGCUUUGCUGCAUUAAUUAGAAUGGCAACCUAUUUGCGGCGUGAUACGCAACGCAUAGCAGGAAGUUGUCUUUUUCUGUGCUAUUUUGGACAAUCCACACAAGUUCCUUAAACGACCUGUUAACCAGUUGCAACUUAAUUGGUUCACCCACUGUGACAGUGAAACAUCUUUGAUGUGACAGUAUUUGACAUGUUUAUGUUUUGAUGUAGCCUCGCAACGUCUUGCAUCUGUUGGCAUGCCCUCUGAGGCUUUAUUGUCGCUCUGAUAGAAUAACAAACAAGUGAUUCAGAAAGCAAGAAGACUGUUUUCUGUCAUUGUUAUUAAACGGUGCUACUUCUUGAGCAAGAAGCCCAGAAAUAUGGGUAUAUUCUCUUGAUAAGUAAUGUUUACUGAUGCAUUUUAGCUUUACAUUAACAGUAUAUUCUUUAAUUUUUUAGCUUGUGUGAUAUUAGGGAACUAUUUCUUUGCAGACUGGACUGACAAGGCAGCACAUUCAGCUCAUUAGCUGCGUGUAAACGGAUGUAGCCAGCAACUUUAUAAAAUCCAUGUCAAAUAUAGGAGGGGGAAAAUAAUGAAACAGCAAUAUACUAUCUUCCUGAUUGGACAGAAAAAGGUGGCAACUUCAUGACUUCUGCAUUUUGUUUUCUCUAGUUUGUCAGAGAUAAGAUGUAUUGUGAUAUGAAUGUCUUGCUAUCAAUCAAUUAUUGAAGCAUUGCUAUAUCAAAAUCCCGGCCUCAGUGCAAACCUAAGUCAUUAUCAGUCUGAAGAAUUGCAAAGUAUCUGAGGUGACUCCUUCAACUUCAUUUCUCAACUUCAGCCUUUAUACUCGCAGAAAGUAUCAGAUUGCCAGACAGACAAAGCGAAAGUUUGCAUCCUACUCAAAUUCAGCACGCCUAGAAGUCUCCACUGCUAGCAUAGGGCAGCGUGGCAGGUUUUAACUUCAGAGCAGAGUUGUGCUGCUCACACUGAUCUCUCUUUGUCACUUUGCUCUGCUUCUGUCAUGGUCUUUUUUGUUGUUUGCGGUUGUUUUGAAACUUGGACUGUAAAUUUAUCACCUAUUGUGCUCGCACACCAUCAGACUAUAGUGCAGGGAAAAAAUAGACUGUGGUUUUUAACUCAGGAAACAGUUUGCAUUAGUUGAAACAACACAACUUCUCAUUGCUGUUUCUGAAUAAUACCGCCAACAAUGUCAGUAAAGUGACAGCUUAACUUUUUGCUUAAAAACGUGAACAAUAACUUUUCAUACCAGGUAAUUUUUUUUCUUUCAAAGUGAACAGGAUUAUCAAGACAACAGUUGCUCAUGAAGUGGCCUCCAUCGGAUCUGCUCAUAUGUUGAUAUAAAAUUGAAAACAGUCUUUCCGACUUAGAGCCCGACUGAUACAGAUUUUUUGGGGCCGAUACCGAUUAUUGGGGGGGGAUCUGAUUACAGAUUAAUCGGCCGAUUUUUUAAAUUUUUUAUUAAGUUGUAAAAAAGACAUAUAUACUGUAGAUAUACUGUAGGCUACUGCUCUUCACGUUACACAUCUCUGGUCCGGUCUCAUCUGGAGACAUGCAGCUGCCUCAGUAAGAGAAGUAGCUCAAUCACGUAAUGUCUACUGUUGUUUAUUCUACCAUUAGUUGGCACGGCUAACAGUUUAGCACGGCUAAUAGCAGAUGGCUAACUCUAACUCUAGCUUGCAUAUUACAUGGUGCUUCACCGUAAACUCUGCGUGACCAAGACCAGCACAGCGGGGAACAUCGUGAAGUGGGUUGAACGGAAACUUGUUGAGUUAUUGUGUAUUUCACAAACUGGUUUAUUUACCGUUGAGGCGGACCACUCUCCUCUGUGUGUCCCUGAGCUGCCUGCUUCAGAUCCGUCACUCUGCUGUGCUGUGAGGUAGUUAUUGGAUUAGGAUUGUCAUGAGGUCGCUGCACCAUCUACAGGAUAAGUCGAGGAACUUUUCAAAUGGCGGAACAUUUUCAAAGUGAAACCGAGUCUUAUUCUCCGCAUUUUAUUUCUGAAAAUAUCUGUGAAAAUUGGCGAGUUUUGGCCGAUUACCGAUAAGUCUCAAAUAGGCUAAAAUUGGCCGAUUUUAUCAGUUUGCAGAUAAAUCGGUCGGGCCCUUAUUCCGACUUAACCAAACUAUUUUUACAUUACACCCAAUUUAAACAUGAUUUUAAUUAUUGCAUUUCAUUUCAGCCUGAAUACUACACACCGCUUCUUGAAUGUCUGAAAAUUGACUAUGAAAGGGCUGAAGCUUAAAAGUGUCUCAAAUAUGAAAUUUUUACUGUUCAAAUGCGAGAUGUCUCUCUGUCAGGUUGACAUUAGCUCUGUCAGGUGAGUUUCUCCCUUUUCAACUGUAGAUCCUCUUCUUGUGUAGCAGAUUUGCAUAACCUCUGUGUAUGGGGCCUCCAUGUAUAAAUGGACUAUCAGUCAGUCUACCUUUACACAAGCACUGAAUUGGAGAAGAGACAAAGAGUCAGAUUCAUCCAAAAAGCCUUCAGGUUGUUUUUUGAACAGCACACUUUUCAAGUAAGGGUCCAUUAAUAUCACCGCUCGGUCUUUUCUAAAAAGAGUCAGCAGCUAAAAACAGUCAUGUAAAAAUAAACUCAUUCUUCUUCCUCCUCUCCUUAUUUCUUAGGCUGCUGAUCUCAGUAAACCCAUAGACAAGAGGAUAUACAAAGGAACGCAGCCCACUUGUCAUGACUUCAACCCACUCACAGCUACAGCAGAGAGCGUCUCCCUGCUUGUGGGCUUCUCUGCGGGUCAGGUGCAGCUCAUAGACCCAAUAAAGAAGGAAACCAGCAAACUCUUCAAUGAAGAGGUAGGUUCAAAUCAGAUUCUUGAAACUUGGUUCUUCACAGUGAAAAAAGCGGUAUAUGAUGUUGACCUUUUUUUUCCCCUCUGUCUGUUUUCAUCCUGCUCCCUCAGAGACUAAUAGACAAGUCACGAGUAACGUGUGUGCGAUGGGUUCCUGGUUCAGAGAGCCUCUUUUUGGUGGCUCACUCCAGCGGCAGCAUGUAUUUGUACAACGUGGAAAACACCUGUGGUACCACGGCGCCUCACUACCAGCUCCUGAAGCAGGGUGAAAACUACGCAGUGCAUACAUGCAAGAGCAAGUCAGCCCGCAACCCGUUACUGCGCUGGACUGUCGGAGAAGGAGCACUCAAUGAGUUCGCCUUCUCCCCUGAUGGGAAGUUUUUGGCGUGUGCUAGCCAGGACGGCUUCCUGCGUGUGUUUGGGUUUGACGCCGCAGAGCUCCAUGGGACUAUGAAGAGCUACUUCGGCGGCUUACUGUGUGUGUGCUGGAGCCCAGACGGACGGUAUAUUGUGGCAGGGGGGGAGGACGACCUGGUGACGGUGUGGUCAUUUUCAGACUGUAGGGUAAUUGCUCGGGGACACGGUCACAAAUCAUGGGUGAGUGUGGUGGCGUUCGACCACUGCACCACCAGCGUGGAGGACGGUGACCCCCCGGCUGAGUUCAGUGGCAGCGAUGAGGACUUCCAUGAGCAGAUUCACUUUGGUGCGGGGAGAGACCGGGCGAACAGUGCUCACUCUCGCCUUUCUAAGAGGAACUCUACAGAUAGUCGGCCUGUUAGCGUGACCUACAGGUUCGGCUCAGUAGGUCAGGACACCCAGCUGUGUUUGUGGGACCUAACGGAGGACAUUCUCUUCCCUCAUCUCCCUUUGUCCCGCACUAGGACUCACACUAAUGUUAUGAGUGCCACAAGCCCCCCAACCACUGGACAAACUACUACUACUACGACGACUACUGCAUCCACUACUAACCCCAGUGGCACUAAUGGAAAAGACAAUGUGAGCAAUAGCAGCACUAGUGCUAACCCAGCUAACUCUCUUCCUGGCACUCUUCCACGGUCUAACAGCUUGCCCCAGGCCUCCAACCCACCAGGGGGCAGCACGCCCAACAGCCACACAGGCGGCAGCAGCAACAGCAGCAGCAGCAGCACCACCACCACCAAGGGCAACAGCAUCAUCGACAGCGCUUUCAUCGCCACAGGUGUCAGCAAGUUCGCCACCCUGUCGCUGCACGACUCGCGCAAGGAGCGCCACGAGAAGGACCACAAGCGGAACCACAGCAUGGGGCACAUCAGCAGCAAGAGCAGCGACAAGCUCAACCAGCUCAGCUCGUCUCGGACGGCGAAAGCGGAGGUAGCUAAGACUCUGGGCACGACGCUAUGCCCGCGCAUGGAGGACGUGCCGCUGCUCGAGCCGCUAGUGUGCAAGAAGAUCGCUCACGAGAGACUCACUGUGUUAAUCUUCCUUGAGGACUGUCUGGUAACAGCCUGUCAGGAGGGUUUCGUUUGCACAUGGGCUAGGCCUGGGAAAGUGGUGAGUGACAGGCCUCUCGAGGAUACUGUCAUGUGACACCUCUUAACUUCCAUUGUCUUGCGCACAGCCAUUUUCUCUCUCUGCAUUCAGAAGCUGUAAACGCCACUGUGUGCAGCCAAAGGUUUUGGUUAUUUCACGCCAGAUUUAAACCAAACCCUCAGCAUUUUGAUGGUUAAUAGCACAUCUUCUCCGACAGUAAACCUCAUGGCCUCACUAUUCUUCCUCUUUGAAUACAUUCACGUAACACUGUUGUUUGUUAUCAAUGUGUGUUAUCUGUCUCUCCACAGGGAUUGCUAUCAUCUCAAAACAACCCUGCCAACUCCCCCAGUGGAACAGUAGUAUAGCCCCAGUGCAGGUGCUGCUAAUGACAGCUCCAUGCAACAGAGACGGGGGAUGACCAAGGCCAAGGCCCUGCAGCGCUUCUUCACACACUGUCAUACACCACAUGACCUCCAGUGUAACCUCCAUUCUCAUCACUACGAGAACCCAGAGCUCUCUUUGUGUUACGUCUCAUGUUUAGAUAACAAAUGUUGGCCAAGCCAGGGUUAGAAACUCAACCCCCCUUUUUUUUGUCUGGGAGUCUGCUGGAAGUAAAAAAAGUCUAAGCUUUAAAAAGUCGUCCAGGAGGGUUAUAGGAGGGGUUGACUGGCUCGUUAUUCCGUUUGUGGUCAUAUCAAGUGGCGUCUGGUCUAAAAAUAACAAACUCUAAACCCAAUCCUUUGUGCCUGUAGAUCUUCGAAGACUAGACUCGCCGUAAGCAUUGUGGUGAUGCCUCCACCCUAAACUUUUUUAUAGGUUUAAUUCCGAUGUUUUCCCAUGUCCUGUUCCUUGAAACGUAUUCACAGAUAAAGGGAAAAAUCUUGUUUCGGAGCAGCUCCACAUCCCCAAUGCCAAGUCUCUUUCAUCUGUCGCUUCCUGGGUGACCCUUUUGUGCAGCACUAGUCCUUAACAUGAGUUCGAGAAAGACUGGAGCGUUUUACUUCCUUCACAAAUAUUUGAAUCAGAGGUUUCACACUUUAUAGUGAAUUUGCACAGAUUUUCCUUUUCUCUCUUUCUCUCUAUCUCUCUCUUUUCCCAUUUUGGAAGUCAUGACAGUGGAAAACAAGCGAGAUAUUUUGAAGACAGGUUUUCAGAAGCACUUGGGGGGAUCGGCUUGUUAUAUGCCCUCUGUCUCAACGCUGGAUGCUGCAAUCAUAAUAGUUUUUUAUAUGGAAAAAAAAAUUGUUUGCACUUAAUAGUUUGUUAGAGGAGAAUGGCUUUACAUUUUUGGAGUGUGUAAGGACUCCUUGAUAAGGUUGAAAUAUAAAUAGAAUUUAAAAAUAAAAACCUUUGUAUCUAUUAAACAUUUAUUUUAAUAUUGUUUCAGAUUAAAUGGGCUCUGUAUUAUAUGUAAAUAUUGUACUUCAAUGAUUUAUGGGUGAAAUGAUCAUUAUUACAUUAGUUCAAAGAUCCUCAUUUCAGAAAAUAGUGAUAUUUCUACUACAGAAAUCUAUACAUAAUAUUAAAAUGAAUCUUGAAUAUGCAGGUGAAACUGUUUCUUUCCUGUUGUACAUAAAGAGAAUUCAGGUGUAUUUUUAUUAAUGAAACGUUUGGUAUAGGAGAAGUCUAUGAAAUCCUCUUAUCUAACAGGUAGUGCUGAAUGCUAGCUAGCCUGUCGCUGCAGAUUCAUUUAACGACAUAGGCAGGUAGGCGUAGAUGCAGCGGUCUAAUUCAGCCAUCACUCCGAGCUCAGGUAAACCACAGGAAGACUAACGCUGGCAUAGCUCCCCUCACUAGUCUCAUCCAUCGACAUGUGUGUGAAUUCACUUUAACUAACAAAAUAAGACUGACGACCGUGCUCUGAGGACAGGGCUGAGAUCUGUGAGUCCUGAUUUUUUUUCUUCUGUUUUUUUUUUUUUUUUUCUUUUUUUUGUGAGUAAUUGCUGAACUGAUGCUGAACUUGUGAACAAACAUUUGACACUGUGUUGAAUACCAACUGACUCAUGUCAGCACUUGAUGAUGGAAUAAAUGCUUGAGGUGAGCGUGUUUUAACAAGCACUCACACAUAGGAAGACUGAGGAUUUUAACAGUGUGACGCCUAUUAAAACAGCUUUGACAGAUUUCGUGUUUUAUUUGUGUUGAUUUGUUAAGUGCAUGCUCUCUCCACAUUCAUCGAUAGCCUGGGCAGCCAAUCACUGAUUCAUGUCAGUCACUAUGAUAGGAAUAUUAAAGGUCCG